UGGCCGACCAAUGUUAAUGCUUCGGGGAAAGGUCAUUUUUUGCCACUUCGCUAGUGACCAGUAAGGCCUAGUUGUACAAAAUAACGUCCCGAAACCUCUGCAGAAAUACUCAGGCUAUCUGGAAAUUAUACCAUUUCAACGCAAACAAGAUCGCCGACAGUGAUUCAAACAAAGGCAUUUUGCUAUGCAAUAACGUUGAGAGGACAGCUUUCUCCACCUACGCCGUUUGUUACUAAGGAGAUCACGUGGUCUCUAGCUUCAUACAGAAAGUGUUGUUAAGAGCCGUUUGGUACAAAGAAUUAAACAAUUUUGGGAAGAAAAUGUUUUACUACUUCUGGACCCACAUUGUGUACCAUCUUAUUAAAUGGUUCCAUCCAGAUAACAGGAAGAUAAUACGGAUUCUGGUGUGGAUCACAACGGCACUUCUUCUUGUACCCCAGUUCUAUGCCUUCGCUAAGCCAGAGUCAACCAGAUACUGUGAUCAGCCACUUUAUGAAAUGUUGGUUGUGUCUAUAGUGCUUACCUUUGUAAUGUGUGGUUUUACAUUUCUGUUGACCUUAAUGGACCCUGUCCCAAGAGAAGUAAAAAUAGCCUUCCAUGUGUUUGGUGGCGUCUGCUUUGUCACAGGCCUGGUACACAGUGCUAUGGUCUUCUCUGCAUUAGAGUGUAAUAUAUUUGCAGAAGUGUUGUAUGACUGGUCACUAGCUGUAGCUGUCCUCAUAAUGAUAUGCACUGUGUACUUUGUUAUCCUCAUACCUUGUUGGAUUUUGGAUAUGAUUUGUAGCGAUUGGAUUCUAAAUCGCAAAGAGAAAACAGGGAUCUGCUAUGAACCAGAGAAAUGUUGUCCAUGUCUUUGGCAUGUAUAGGGGGCUAGGUCAUAGGACUACAACGUGGGAAAAUGAUGCUGUGUUUCUCGCUUCAGUGGAAUACCAUACAACUACAGUUGGCUUUGUUACAA